AUGCUGCCUCUCACCUUCAUCCUCUUCCUCCUCCACUCUGGCCACCUCCGGGGAGGGAACAGUGACCUCCGAAAGGAACUGAAGGGGUUCAAGACUGGAUUUGCUAUCCGCCUCUACCGGAGCUUGACGGGAAGUGGAAAUGGCACAAACCUGGUCAUCUCGCCAGCCAGCGUGUCUAUCCCUCUGGAGUUACUCCAGUUUGGAGCCCGAGGAAACACCUGUUUGCAACUCGAAAGGGCCCUGGGCUAUACAGUUCAUGACAGAAGAGUGCAUGAUUUCCUUCGAACUGCUCAGGCAGCAGCUACUACUUCUGGCCCAGGAACCACGAUUCAGCUGGCAUGUGCCUUUUUUGUACAAACUGGAACACAUCUCUCCUCUCAUUUCACUGAGCACAUCUCCCUGUGGGCCAACAGCAGCCUGGAGACAACCAACUUCAGUGAGCCUAACAGGACGACAGCUCAGAUCAAUAGAUGGAUCUCUUGGUUUGUUGCAGAUGAAAAACCCGGAAAUGUCUCCUUGAAAAGGAUCCAUUCAGCACUUGCGCAGAUUGCUCUGGUGAGCACCAUGUCCUUCCGAAGCAUUUGGCAAAAGAGAUUCUCCUUUGCAGACACCCAAGUGUUGUCCUUUACCAGCACAGAAGGCCUCAUACUCAGAGUGCCCAUGAUGUACCAAACUGCUGCUGUCAACUAUGGCCAGUUCCAAGUCACAGAUAAGCAACCAGUUGGGGUACUUGAACUACCUUAUCAAGGAAGCUCAGUGAGCCUAUUCCUGGUACUGCCUCGGAACAAAGCAACCCCUCUGGCCUUUCUGGAGCCAUACCUCACAGCCAGUGCCAUUCACAUCUGGACAAAUAACCUGAAGAGAAUAAAGAUGGAUAUUUUUCUACCCAGGUUCAGGAUCCAAAACCACUUCAAUCUGAAAGAAGUCUUAAGUUCUUUGGGGAUCACAGAUCUGUUUGAUCCAUUCAAAGCUAACUUGAAAGGAAUUUCAGGCCGAGAUGACCUUUAUGUUUCUGAAGCAAUCCACAAUGCCAGGAUUGAAGUUCUGGAGGAUGGUACCAAGGCAUCUGGGACAACAGCUCUAGUGUUACUGAGAAGAUCUAGGACUCCAAUUUUUAAGGCAGAUAGACCAUUCAUCUUUUUCCUGAGAGAAUCCAAUACAGGUAUUUCAAUAAUUUCUUUGGUGGGACUCAUGAGGCAAAUUACACACAAAUGA